ACUAUUUGUCUUAGCUCUUUCGGGUUUUCUUGAUUUAAGUUCGCCGCAGGUUUCUACUCUCCUGCAAAAAGUCGUCUUUAUCUUGUACGUACGUCGUUGGCUAACAUCGGUGCGGUGUAUCGGUUGCACAUUCUCUGUGCUCGCCCCAUUGUUGGCCCCCGUAGGAUUUUCACGAAUUUUGGCAAACAAGAAUUGUCCGAAUAAGCCAAAUGGAUCCAGCGCACGGGCAAGACAUCAAUAAGACUACGUGAUAGUUCCUUGCAUUAUAUAACGAAACGUGAUGCCGAAAGUCUCAGCGAGAACGGGGACUUGGCUUCCAAGUUUUAAAGGUUUAUCACAACUUCCUCAGCAUGGCCCCGACAGCAUCCACAGCUGGCUCAUCGCAGGAGCCUGCUCGAUGUGCUGCUUCUUCGCCAUGGCCGGAAGGCGUUCCUCUGGUUUCCUGUACGUAUCCAUCCUGGACACCUUCCAUGUCAACCGCCAGGAUGGGUCUUGGCCACUCAUGAUUAUGGGGGCCCUCAUCUACCUCUCAGGCCUCAUCACAGGACCGUUGGCGCACAGGUUCACGGCAAGGCCAGUGAUAAUCGCUGGAGCCCUCAUCGCGUCUGUAGGAGCGAUGCUCUGCUAUUUCGCGACGACCAUUGAAUUCCUCACUGUUACAUUGGGUGUAGUUCAUGCCAUCGGAAGUGGAAUGAUCUUCGUGGUAUCUCCAACGUUCAUAAACGAGCACUUUGUCAAGAACAAGGGGCUCGCUAUGGGCAUCAACUUCACAGGCGUCACCAUGGCUACAUUUGUUUUCCCGAAGCUUCUCGAGUACCUUACGAACAAGUUCGGCUUCCGCGGCUGUCUCCUCAUCUUUGGUGCCAUUAUAUUAAACGCUCUAGCCUUCAGCCUAUUCCUUCGCCGGCCAGGAUGGGUUAAGACCGCAGCUCUUCACAGCGCAGAGGGCUCGACCUUGAAAUCAGUCAACGAAGCGCUCGAGCUAAAAGGCAGUAAUCCAGUUCAGAAUAAGCAAACGGGUGGGACGUUCCGCCAGGCACUUAGCGUCUUCACCUAUCCCAUAUUUUACGUACUCAUGUAUUCUUUCGUUGUGUACAGCUUCGGGUUUGAGUGCUACAUAUCCCUUUUUGUGGACUUUGCUGUCGAUCGUGGUGUCUUUGUUUCAAGCGCCGUUACUAUGCUCUCGAUGAGCGCCAUCGCCGACGUUGCGGGAAGACUGACUCUUCCGAUGGCGGCCGACAAGGGCCUUUUGACGAAUCGGAGUCUGAUUACUAUCACCUUCAUUUGCUUCGGAGUCCUUUUCCUGGUGCUGCCAUAUAUUCACAGCUAUGGACUCCUAUUCGCGAUUGCAAUUGCGCUGGCCUACUUCGUGGGCACCAUACUUGUUCUCUUUCCGGUGCUUCUUGCGGAGUACUUGGGACUUGAAAGGGUGUCUAUGGCCUACGGCAUGGUGAUCGCCUCUGCGGGAUUCUUCUCCUUUGCGAAACCAUCCGUCAUCGGGUACUAUCGCGACGAGAUCGGCGCCUACGAUACUCUCUUCACCAUAUGCGGAUCCCUGAUCCUGUUCGGAGCUUUCAUGUGGAUCGUCGUCCUGGCUCUGGAGGCAAACCGGAACAAGAAGGUCUUGAACCUGCAACCUGACUGCCCCCAAGAGGACGUGACCGUGACGAAACUCUCGAGGGACCGGCACAUGGAUGUGUAAAUUAUUUAUGCGCCUCAAGCGCUCGGGACGUUUUUUUUUAUGUUUUUUUUAAGCAAGAAGCUUGGAAGUAGGGAGAGUGCUGGGAAGUAGUCUCAAUAAAUACCGGGCGUCCGAAAGUAUAAAAGCCGCGAGGAAUAAAAGGGGAAGUCUUCGGGAAAA